GAAUUUAAACAAAGGAUUACAAAAUGUCGCCACCACAUCACGAUCGUCUCUUUGGAAUCCACGUGGGCUUGAGCUUGGGCGGCCAUGGACACCACCACCAUCAUCACCACCCACCGCCGCCGCCUCCGAUCCACCAUCACCACCACCACGAGCCGCCACACCACCACUAUCCUCCGCCACCGCCGCCGCACCACCACCACCAUGGACCUCCGCCGCCGCCCCACUUUGAUCAUCAUCAUCACCACCACGGAGGCCACUUUGACCAUCAUCAUGGUCCGCCGCAUCACCACCAUCACUGCUAAGUCAGUGGUGUUAAGACACGAAU